CCAAAGUGUAUUCCAUACAAUACGCAUACCGGUACCAUUAAAUUGUUCAGAAGAGAGGCCGCAACUCAGGAAGAGACCGAACUCCAAACAAAGGACAAAAGCAAUUCCGGUGCAAUUCAGUGCCGUUUUCUGAAGAAAUAGAGAGACGAGUCGAUUCUGAUUUUCAUUCGCAGCACUGUACACAUCCACAGAGCAAUCAUCAUGUCGACACAGGUAAUUGACUGGGACGAGGCCAUGCAACAAUGCGGCGAAGACGAAGAGUUUCUUCGGGAGCUCCUGGGAGAUCUUCGUGACGAAACCAACACGCAAAUGGCAAAGAUGGAAGAAGUCAUACGGGUAUGUAGAGCAUAUCGCGUGUCGCUUUAAUCUUGCUGCAAGAACGAACGACAGUUUUUGUCCCUAGAAAUAUUAGCCUCCUGACUCGCAGUCGUACUCUCUCGAGUCAUAUUUUCUGAUUGGUACACCGUGCUAUUGCAAUCGAUUUCUCUAACAUAGCCUUACUACAUUUUUCGACAAACUGAUUCGGAAUGACAACGAAAUACUGAAUAUAAUGGAAUGUCAAAAAUCAUCCUCUCGCCGCAACACCCAAAAACUGUGAUAAAUUUGCUGUCGGACCUUAAAGAAUCCAACCGGAUCUCCCUUCGUGGAACUGCAUCGCGCGGCGCACGUCAUUAAAGGAGCUGCUUCGAACCUGAUGUGCUCGCAGCUCCGUGAUACUGCCCUGGCAUUGGAAUCAGCCGCCACGAGCGCUGCCAACGCCCCUGAUGGGGCAACAAACCCGGCCGUCAUCGAUACAGUCAAAGCGAAAUUUGAAGAGCUGAAGAAUGCCGUGUGCCUUUAUAACGCCCAUCUCACGUCGUUGAAUGUAUAGGCCAUAAUCAUCUUACAAUAGCAUGGAAACGAUGAUUGGUUCAUUAUUCUAAAUUGGUUUUGCGACGAUUGGUUUAUCGAUCGACGUUGAGAUGAGAAUAAUGUGGAUAUUCAGAGAGAUUGAGGAUGGAAUGCCUCCAAAUAAUUGAAAGGUGUGAAAGGAUAAAGUUUCAAGCGGCCUCCUGCCGCGUCCAUAUUUUUGACAUUGGUUUUCAGAAAGGAAGUGCCCAAUGGAAAUUGAACACUUAAAAUAGGAAAGAACACUCCAAUCUAACACAAGUGAUCAGCCCAGAAAAUUGGAAUCAGGAAUGAAGUAUUUGUAGUAGAGCGAUGAAUAUAUUGUUUUAUAAUGC